CCGUCAGGGCUUGAGGGGGUGACUCCGAAGUGCUCUGGCUGCCCCCCGUGUAACUCCCGCCCAGCACUCCGGAGUGAGGCUGUUGACACGGGGAGGGGCAGUUCCUUUGGGAUCACUGCAGUGGUGUAGCGAGGGGGUUGCCUUCUGCCCUGCUGUGGUCUGCACUGGCCAUCUCCGGACCGGCCAUGUCUACACUGCAUUGUAAACCCGACCCACGCUUGUGCAUUGGGUUGAGCGUCCACCCAGUAUUGUAAACCUGGGCUCACUUGUCCAGUAUGUGCUACACAGACCUUCUGACUUGGGUCUGUGGCUUGAGCUGCAGCCACACUACAAAAUGAUAUGGCUUGGACCCAAGUCUCACAGAGAAUCAGGCUCUUUCCUCUCUUCCUCCUCCCCCCCCCCUCCAAUGGGCCCCAGGAGCUGGGUCCUGAGUGCUUGCUGGUUAGUAGAUAGACUUGUGAGUGGAUGAUAGGUUUGAGCCCAUCCCUCUUGAGUCUGCGCUCAAGUUUCCAAUGCAGUAUAGAACAUACUCUAAAUGACUGCAAUCAAGCUCUGCAGCCCCCAAUUCAGUUUAAGUUAACCCUACCAUACUGCAUUUACACCUGCUCAACAUUGUAACAAAGCUGCCAGUGCUUUUUACAUGCAGCACCUUGCACAUGUGAGAGUAGAAUAGAAUCUGGCAUUGUAAGCAUUAAACAUGUCUCUCGGUACCACUGUGACUCGUGAACCUCUGACCCAUUUCUGUUGGUUAAAAGAAGGCUUUUUUCUGACAAACCACAGUUGCUUGACAGUCGCUUACAUCCUGUGAUUCUUGUAAAUGCCUAGCUUUCACUGAAGUCAACAAAGACUUGUUUGGAUGACAGAAUGACUGGCAUAGAGAAUGAAACUGUAAGAGGCAAAGCCAUGGAGGAGGAAAGCACCGAACAGAAAAAGGAACGAGAGAAAAAGAAAAGGUCGAGGGUUAAACAGGUGCUGUCAGAUAUAGCAAAACAAGUGGAUUUCUGGUUUGGAGAUGUCAACCUUCACAAAGACAAAUUCCUCCGAGAACAGAUAGAGAAGUCUAGAGAUGGAUAUGUUGACAUAUCACUUCUUGUAUCGUUCAACAAAAUGAAAAAAUUGACGACUGAUGGGAAAUUGAUAGCCCGAGCAGUUAAAAGUUCAUCUGUUGUAGAACUGGAUUUAGAGGGAACUAGAAUCAGAAGACGUCAGCCACUGGGUGAGCAACCAAAAGAUGUGGAUAGUCGUACUGUAUAUGUGGAGCUGCUUCCCAAAAAUGUCAACCACAGUUGGAUUGAGCGGGUAUUUGGGAAAUGUGGUAAUGUAGUUUAUAUCAGUAUCCCACGUUAUAAGUCCACUGGAGACCCAAAGGGAUUUGCAUUUGUUGAAUUUGAAACAAGAGAGCAAGCAGACAAAGCUAUUGAGUUUUUGAAUAAUCCACCAGAAGAAGCACCAAGAAAACCUGGGAUGUUCCCUAGAACAGUAAAAAAUAAGCCUGUUCCUGCACUGAAUACCAGUGACUGCAGUGUAGUGGAAGAGAAGAAGAAGAAAAAGAAGAAAAAAUCCAAAAUGAAGAAAGAAAGCAGCUUACAGUCAGCUGCAGAAAUGAAAGAAUCAUUGGACACUACUGCAGAUCAAAUAAGCAAGUCAAAGAGACGCAGGACAACAUCUGAGUGCUUGGAAAUGGAAGUAUCUGGAGUCCAUAGGCAACCUUCUAAGAAAGAGAGAAAAAAAUGGGAUAGAACAGAAAGCCCAGAGUUAACUGAGGAAAGUAGGCUAGGGAAGAGAAAAAGAAGCAACUCUGGAGAUGUAGAGGCAUUAGGUGCAAAAGUCAAGAAAACUGCUCAAAAAGAUGAUGUUCAUUCUGUAAAAGAAGAAACGGCAGAAGCUCAAAAGGAUUCCAAAGAAGUUAAUACAGAAGAAGAGAAAGAGGGUGAUAAGAAAGACACAUCUCUUUCAAAAUCAAAAAGGAAGCAUAAGAAAAAGCACAAAGAAAGGCACAAGAUGGGAGAGGAGGUCAUUCCAUUGAGAGUACUCUCAAAGAGUGAAUGGAUGGAUCUGAAGCAAGAAUAUUUGGCCCUUCAAAAAGCCAGCAUGGCUUCCUUAAAGAAAACAAUGUCCCAAAUCAAAUCUGAGUGUCUGGAGAAGAUGGAAACAGAUAGUGGUGUACAAAAGUGUCCUCAAACAAAAAAUGUCAAAUGUAAAGCCACCAAUGAAGAUUCUGGCCCCCCUGAGAAAGCUAACACAAUGGGACCACAGUUUGUGAGUGGAGUAAUUGUGAAGAUCAUUAGCACUGAACCCCUACCAGGCAGGAAACACAUCAAGGAUGUUCUAGCAAUAAUAGCUGAUGUUGCUUAUGUUGACAUGCUGGAAGGAGAUACAGAGUGUCAUGUUCGGUUUAAAACUCCUGAAGAUGCACAGGUUGUAAUGAAAGCACAUAAAGAAAUUCAGAUUAAAAACAACUGGAAACUUGAGGUCCUAACUGGUGAUCAUGAACAGCGGUACUGGCAGAAAAUUUUGGUGGACAGACAAGUUAAACUUAACCAACCUAGAGAAAAGAAGCGAGGCACAGAGAAGCUGAUUGCCAAAGCUGAAAGAAUGAGACUUGCAAAGACACAAGAGACACGUAAACAUAUCCGCUUCUCUGAAGAUGACUGACCUAAAAUUGAUUUUAUUCUGUAAAAGGAUAUUUAAAAUAGUCACUGGAUAUUUUAAUGAAACCAUAAACUGUUCUUAUGAAGAAGUCAAAAACCAGUCCAUUUGCUUCAUAAUUCUUCAGUAUGCAAUUUUAUUCUAAAUUCAAUUUUUAAAUAUGUUGAGUGUUUGCUGCUCCUGAGCCUGUAGGUAAAGCUUUCUGGGAAAACGUAUCAAACAAGGUCUUGCUUUGUUUUACAUUUAGUUUUACUUCUAAUGAAUUUUUGUAUAUUGCAGUUUUAUAAACUGAAUUAUAGAAAAGAACAAAUAAAAUGUUUUCGAAAUUGACAAUAUUAAUUUGACUUUUGUUUUAAAAAGAUCAGCAAAGAGUAAUGUGAAUAAUAAAGCUAAUUUAUGUUAAAUAAAUUGAGGUCUCUGCUUCCUCCAUCAAAUUGUGGAGGAAAAAAGUAGAAAGAUUGAAAUUAUAGUAAACACAGAAUAGAUAAUUUAUCUAAAAUCAUAUUUAAAUACUUUAGGGCUGUCAGAAUAUUGGAGUGUCACAGAGGUGGUGGGCAGGCUGAAAAGAAACCUACUGAAUAUGCCAAAAAUUAAUUUAACAGCUCAUUCCUUAAAAAGAUCUUCUUUGGAACAAGUUUUGCAAGCAUAUCUGUGAGGAAGGUAAAUAAGAAAACAUUUACAUUUGUUGUUUGAGAAUUCUAGUUCCAUAAGUAACUCCUAUUUAUAGCUAAAAGUGUAUAUAUUAUGCAAUUUAUGUGUUAAAGAUACAAUCUAGUGCACUUGAAUAUUUCACAUUGCAUUGUAGGUUGACAGUAUGAAAUAUUUUAUAGCAUAAUUUUAUUUCUACAGCUUGAGCUGUGGGUUUCAGUCUUGGACAGAAUAAUGGUUAAAUAUAUGAAUGAUCAGCCCUAGUCUUUGAAGUUAUCUCUCCAUUAAUGUAAAGAGAAGUUUACACUUUUGUUUGUGCUUUAUUGUUUGUGUCUGAUUGCAGAGCAAAUAAGACACUAACUCGUUGAUCUACAAAA